AUGGAGGAGAGAACGUUGCUUGCAUUGAUGGUCUUUUCCUCAGUCAUAGUGUUAGCAGAAACUAUUGCUCAAAAGCAUGCUAUUGAAAUCUACAGCGUCCACGUGGACUGCAAGGUCACAUCGCGAUUUGCUCACACCAUCAUCACCAGCAAAAUUGUCAACCGAGCUAAUGAGUCCAGAGAGGCGACCUUUGAAGUGGAGCUACCCAAGACAGCCUUCAUCACCAACUUCUCCAUGUCCAUUGACGGUAAAGUAUACUUGGGAAUAAUAAAGGAGAAAGCUUCUGCUCAAAAGGAAUAUGACACUGCGGUCGCACACGGGCAGAGCGCCGGCCUCGUCAAAAUCACAGGCAGAAAGCUGGAGCAGUUUCACGUGUCCGUCAGCAUUGCAGCCACCAGCAAAGUCACUUUUGAGCUGGCCUACGAGGAGCUGUUGAAGCGGCAGCUGGGGAAGUACGAGCUGCUGAUCAAGGUCCGGCCGAAGCAGAUUGUUAAGCACUUUCAGAUUGAUGUGCACAUCUUCGAGCCCCAAGGCAUACGCUUCUUGGAGACAGACAGCACGUUCAUGACAAAUGAGUUAGCAGAGGCGCUCACAAAAGUGCAGAACGAAACCAAGGCUCAUAUUUUAUUUAAGCCAACGGUAGAUCAACAGAAAAUAAAUCCUGAACUUGAUGAAACCCUUCUCAAUGGUGAUUUUGUUGUGCGCUAUGAUGUUAAGAGAGAUGCCACGGCAGGUGAUAUACAGAUUGUCAAUGGAUAUUUUGUGCAUUACUUUGCACCCCACGAAAUGCCAGUGUUUCCCAAAAAUGUCAUCUUCGUUAUAGAUCGAAGUGGCUCCAUGGCAGGCAGAAAAAUUGAACAGACAAGGGAUGCCCUGUUGAAGAUAUUGCAAGACCUCCGCCCAGAAGAUCAUUUCAGCUUUAUCACCUUUAACAGCAAAGUGGUGGAGUGGAAGGGGUCUUUGCUGCAAGCCACUGCAGAGAAUGUGGCAAGUGCUGCAGGAUUCGUGCAAACUCUUGCUGCUAGUGGAGGCACAGAUAUCAAUCGCGCGCUGCUGACUGCCAUGAGCGUGCUGGAUAAAGCCGAGAGGCUGCCAGAACGGAGCGUCUCCAUGAUUAUUUUGCUGACAGACGGUCAGCCCACUUCUGGUGAGAUUAAUGUGGAAACAAUUCAAGGAAACAUUCAGAAAGCAGUCAAUGGGAAAUACGCUCUUUUCUGCCUUGGCUUCGGGUUUGAUGUCAGUUAUAAGUUCCUGGAGAAAAUGGCCCUAAGCAAUGGAGGAAUAGCACGUCGUAUAUAUGAAAACGCUGAUGCAGCCUUGCAGCUCCAGGGCUUUUAUCAAGAGGUGGCUACCCCAAUAUUAAUGAAAAUUGAAAUGCAGUAUCCGGAAAAUGCCGUUGAGGGAUUAACCAAGAACAAUUUCAAGCUGUUUUUUGAAGGAUCUGAAAUUAUAAUAUCUGGAAAACUUAGCAAUGAGCUUGAUCUUUUGCCAGUAGAAAUCAAAGCUCAGUCUCAUGCUAGUGACUUGACUCUUAAAGAAGAAGCAAAUGUCAAAGAGAAGGAGCAAGUAUUUCAAAAUCAAAGUUACAUCUUUGGAAAUUUCAUAGAGAGACUUUGGGCUUACUUAACCAUUCAACAGCUUCUGGAGAAAUCUAUUUCAGCACAUGAAGAGGACCAGAAAACCCUGGAGGCACAAGCUCUAGAGCUGUCUCUGCAGUACAGCUUCGUGACGCCCCUCACUUCCAUGGUGGUCACCAAACCCGCUGGCCAGCAGCAGACGGAGCUGGCAAACAAACCCACCGAAGCUGAUAAUGAGAAGCCCAGCAGCCUUCCAGGAGGAGAUGGUUACAGAAUGAGGAGUGGAUCACCUUCCGUGAAUGAAUAUCCACAGCUGCUCUUGCAAUUACCCAAGCAGAACGAAAUGAUCUGUUUAAAUGCUGACGGACAAGCACAGUCCUCUGUCCACCUGCUGUCAGAUCCGGAGCAAGGACUCGCUGUGACAGGGAAACUUGGCGACAGAAUAAAUCACUUUGUGCAGUUUGACAUCACCUAUGUGAAUCCCCCUGCACGAAUCCGCAUCUCCACGCAUGAGACCGUCCUAAGCCACAAUAACCAGAGCACUCAGCUGCCAUGGACAGAGUCAGCCACCUCCACCGUCCAGGGGCUGAGAGUCUCAGUUGAAAAGGAAAGGGGCGUUACCGCGUCAUUGUCUGACACAGUCACAGUAAAAGUUUCCUUCGUGAAGUUUACAGAGGAUUUCCUUGGGCUUUAUUUCUUGAACACCGACCGUUUUUCUGACAAAGUCACUGGAGUUCUGGGUCAGUUCUACUCAAAAGCACAACUUAAGAACAAUCCCAGCAUCAAUCAGAGAGCUGACGAAAGACUCCUGAGUGUGUCUGGGUCCGAGCACAAAGUUACCAGGCAAUACAAGAAAGAUUACAGGCUGGAGUCAGCCAGCGAUCCUGUUUCCUGCUGGUCAAUAGAUGUAACUCCCUAG